AUGGACAUACGAAGGUUAUUCUACUGCAUGUACCGUACUCCAAAAUUUGCUGAAAAGCGCCUUGGAUCCCGUGCGACCGUGGUUUGCGUAGAAGAGGCACAUUGGGAUCUGGGGAGGCGUCGCCUCACAGUUCAUGGCAGGAACCAGACGGGUCAGAGCCUGCUCAGAAUCGACGAGGUUUGCUGUUACACCGAGGUGGAGCCUGGGCGGACCCUGUACACACAAUCGGCGACUGUCAGGUACAGGAAGGGCCUCCUGAGCGGUUUGCUGAUGCCAAUGGUUUGUGAGAUCCUUGCUGGUGUUUGCCAAAGGAAUGCGCAGAAGGGCCUGGCUGCUAUGGUGGCAG